UCAAAUUACAUUGGAAGAGGACUACGACAAAGAAGAAUAAGGGAAACAGAGCAAGCAGAAAAACCAAAUCUCAGUCUUUAGACUGUUCGUAACUUCAAAGUUUUCCAUUUGAAAUCAGUCCAUUUCACCUGUCUUUAAUUGGAAGAGGUUUCAGGGCAACCCUAAUUCCUACAUCUGGGAGUCAAGUCGAAGGUCCGUUUAACCCCUUCAAACUCUCAUUUGGUAGACUCUUUGGCUCGUCUACUGAGUAACAUAAUUGGCGUCUCUGGAGGGUUCCAUGGCAGGCAAUGGCCUGCCGACAUUGGGCCGGGUGAAGCUUGUCGAUUUAAUACCCUCUGAAGGUCUUCCUUCAGACACAUACAAAUUGUCGGUUUCGACUUUAUCGCAGUCACUGGCUCAGUAUUCAGCUGCCAUUAUCCAAUUUCCCAUUAAUGAUGGGGCUCUUUUAAGGUCUUGUCUUGAGUCAUCACGACUCUACUUUCAUCAUAAACCAACCUUCCCUUCUGCUGAUAGUAUUCAGCCUGAUGAUUCUCGUGAGUGGUGCAAGACUUCUGGUUACCGCGCAGACCCUCAAAUGUGGCAAGAAACUUAUGACUUUAGACCUGGGAUUACUACCACAGAACCUGGUAAUGAAAUUGAAAUUCCUCCAGCUAGUUUAGUUGACGUAUUUUCACUACUAGGAAGAGCAUCUAGGGACAUAUUGGAUGCCAUCAGCUUCUAUUUGAAUCUUCGUAGUUCGCCUUUCACUGAAGUACUUGAUAAUGUUCCUCUAAGAAAUCGGGAAAUAUCAUCUUCUGUGUUAUCUGUCUGUUGUCAUGGAAGGCCUUCUUUUCAGGGAGUGCAACAUCACAAUUUGACUACUCAAGAAGAUGGACAGUUAGUUAUGCUUUCAGACCAUGAUCAUCAGGUUGAUCGAACCCUGUUAACUAUUCUCAAGUCAGAUAAGGCGGGGCUGCAUAUAAGAGAUUUUCAUGGUCAUUGGGUUCUUGUGGAUGGUGAUCUUGGGGCCCAAGAAGCAAUAGUAUAUCCUGGACUUGCUUUAUACCAGGCGACUGCAGGAUAUAUAAACCCUGCAAUGCACCGAACAGAUAUUAGUAAUCUGCAAGGUUCAAUGUAUGGCCGUUGUUCUCUGGCAUUCAAACUCAUGCCUAAAUCCAUGACCAGUCUCAAUUGUUCGGAAAUGAGAGCUGCUGGGCACGGGGUUGAAGCUCAAUUCCAGCUUCCUGUACCAGUUGAUGAUUUCAUGCAGAGAUCUACUGAUCAACUUCUUAACCGGAACAGUUUCGCAACUUUCAAUGAUCUAUAAAACCCAUGAUGCGGAGAAAGAAAAAUAACUUGAGAUGUAAACCUCUUCCACCUUCAAAGAGGCUUCGGCUCGAGGCGCAGAGAGUUCUGAAAGAGAGGGUUCAAGAUAUUGCCGACAAAAAGGGAAUCAAGUUGAGGUUUUGCACCUUGAAGGAGUGUGAGAGUCACAUCCACUCACUUGAUAGUCCAUGUGCAAAUAUACGGAUGGAGAUUGGGUGGCCGCCAGGAGUUCCCUUUGUACACCCACAUGAUCUUCCAAACAAGGCAAAGAUUGGAUUUCUUGAAACCUAUGAACCUGGUUGGUCCGAGACGAAUGAUAUAGAGUGAAAUUCAACGCAAUCUGGAGAAUUACGUUGAAGACAGGCAGCUGCAACUGCAUGGCAUCACCAGUUUGAGCCUCCACCUAACCGGAGUUUCUCUCUCAUGCUGACGCUGGUCGCGCCUUCACCUUCCAUAAAUUUUGUAACAUAAAACUUUAAUUUGGUAUUCUUGAACAGAUUCUAUUAGUUUCUAGAGAAAAAAAAAAACAAGAAGAAAAUUGAUGAACUUUUUCUAGGAUUAUCUUAGUUUAUCAUGUACAAAAUUUAUUAGCAAAACAAUGUAUUGAAGUUGCUGAUGUAGUAAUUUAUAGAGAACUGGAAAGCUGUAAUUAGUUCCAAAGGCUGUAAUUUAGAUAUUUGGAAAGCUUUUAGUUAGCAUGUCUUGUUUUUA